AUGAUUCCUCCUAACUUGUAUCCGACACUCUUUUUGAGUAAACAUCCAGAUUAUAUUUUAUUCAAGUUAGCAAUUUACUUCGCCGAACAAGGACACAGCGUGUGGUUUAUAUCCCCCAAAGUCUUCGAGUCGAUACCCGAAGACAUCCGUUCUCCGGAUAAAGAAAUAUUGCAGUCGAUAACAUUCGUGUACCUUCAAGAUUAUAAAUCGCUAAUAAACCAUUUAAACGCGAUACAUUUGUGGCACAAAGUGCCUACGGUAGUGUUAAUGUCCGGUUUCGAUGUUUACACGAAAUUGUACGGGGAUACUUUUGAUCCCCUUUUACCUGCUAUCGUUACUAGUUCGCUGUUCGAUGGGGCUUCGGUUUGCUCUAAAAAGAACAAAAAACCGGUAUUUGUCAUUGUAGCCGCUUAUGAACCUCCACGAAUUUAUUUAAGUAGAUAUCAAAGCCUGCACGAUUUGUAUUACCCCAAUUUUAUCAGUAACGGGGAAAAAAGUGCGAUAUUGAAGAAAGUUGUAGAUUAUUACGGUAAUAAUAAAUUCGUCGUGAAUGAAUAA